GAGGCCCCCGCGGCGGAGCUCCGCCCCUGCCCGGCGCCCCCGAGCGCCCCCGAGUGCCCCGAGGCUGCCGCAGUCGGAGACCCGCCCGCAGUGCCUUUGAAAAGCGGCGGCAGAGGCUUGCGCCAUGGCGAGCCCGGGCUACCUGCUGUACGUGCUGAGCCUGCUCCUGUGUGGGACGGCGAGCCUCGGGAUGUCUGUCUCCCUCGACUCCAACUCCACGAAGCCCAUCAUCGGAAUAUUAAUGCAACAGUGCCGUAGUAAGGAAAUGAAAAACCUGGGAAAAUACUAUAUUGCUGCCUCCUAUGUAAAGUACCUGGAGUCUGCAGGUGCGAGAGUUGUACCAAUAAGGCUUAAUCUUACAAAUGAAGAAUAUGAAAAGCUUUUCCAGUCUCUUAAUGGGGUCCUGUAUCCUGGAGGAAGUGUUAACCUCAUGGAGUCAGGUUAUGCCCACGUGGCCAAAAAAUUUUACAACCUUGCCAUACAGAGUUUUGAUGAUGGAGACUAUUUUCCUGUGUGGGGCACAUGCCUUGGAUUUGAAGAGCUUUCAUAUCUGAUUAGUGGAGAGGCCUUAUUAACUCGCACAGACACUGAUGGAAUUACAAUGCCGCUGAACUUCACUGGAAGUCCAGUGAAGAGCAGAAUGUUCCAGAAUUUUCCUACUGAAUUGUUGCAAUCAUUAGCCGUAGAACCUCUGACUGCAAAUUUCCACAAGUGGAGCCUCUCCGUGAUGAAUUUUACGAAGAAUGAAAAGUUAAAGAAGUUUUUCAAUGUUUUAACUACAAAUACAGAUGGCAAGAUUGAUUUCAUUUCAACAAUGGAAGGAUACAGAUAUCCAGUAUAUGGAGUCCAGUGGCAUCCAGAGAAAGCGCCUUACGAGUGGGGGAGAUUCGAGGGCAUUUCCCAUGCACCCAACGCUGUGAAGGCUGCGUUUUAUUUAGCAGAGUUCUUUGUUUCUGAAGCACGGAAAAACAAUCAUCAUUUUGAAUCUGAUGUUGAAGAGGAUGAAGCACUGAUUUAUCAGUACCAUCCCGUUUAUACUGGAAAUAUUUCUUCAUUUCAGCAAAGUUAUAUAUUUAGUUGAAAGCCUUUGAUAUGUUAACAGAGGGAUUUCAAAUAACUCCAUGAUUAAACUGUUACCAUAACUUGGUACUCAUGGCAAUAAUAGAAAGCCCCAGA